CGAGAUUUAACGCUGCGCCGACUAUGUCGUCCUCUGCGCUUCCAUUAAAGGUCCCAGCAACACCGUCGCGAUCUACAGAAACCGAUAAAGAUAAAACGCCUGUCGUGAAUUCAAAGCAGGCGACUUCGACCAAACCUAGCGCGAUCGUCCCGAAGGACAUCUCAAGCCCUCACGAAUUGACUGCCUUUGUGGAAAACCUCUUGGAACAAUUAGACACGAAAUUCGACGAAAUGUCCAACCAGAUCUUGGAUCGAAUGAACCAAAUGUCAUCUCGAGUGGAUGCUUUAGAGGCGUCUAUCCAGGACAUUAUCAACGGCGACAUCCCCGCUUCUCCCUCGCCAGUUCCAGGAACACCUGGAAUGAAGCGAAAUGACAGCGGCUUCCACUGAGACAGGAGUACUCAGCAAACUUUGCCGUUAGUCUGGACAUUUAUUGCGCAACAGCUCUGAGAUGUGACCAGCUUGAGCUCCACACCUCCAUGUCCGAUCUGUCAACUUGGCUGUUAUUCCGUCAACCCCCUGCAAGGAGGAAAUCUCCUGCCACGAUCGCUGCACGUUCGGCGAUCUCAAGAGUUGAACGAAACGAGACGUGUCGCUCUGGAAUUCUGUGGCGAAUAACAUCGUCCAUUGCCUCCCUUGGGGAAGGCUGGACGGCAUAUUCGGGGGGAUUUCGCAACGGUGUCAUUGGAACGCAGUGCUGCGGUAGAUAAGGAUUGGCGCUCUUGUACUCGUGUUUAAUUCUAGAAGUUUCAUUCUUAGAUAUCGAACAGCCGUUCUGAUCU